AUGCGGUCCCAACUCCUUUACACAUAUAUCACCCUCUCCACGAUAUCUGGCCUGGCGAACGCAUGGCCCGUCAUACUUGGACGCCAUGAACGAAGAGAACCAGCAUCAUACUCAGUGGUUGCAGUAGAUGGAGGAGGCUCGGGAGCAGACGGAUCAGCAACGACAGUAAUCAGUUCUGUGGUCCGUACAGAGACCGUACUACAGACACAGCUGUCGACCAUUGUCAUCACUGAAGCAGAGACACCCUCCACAAUCAUCAUUACCAUAACAUCGGCCUCUGCCACCACUGUCACCGAACGACCUGCAGCCACACAAACAGUCACCUCUCCUCCAGAGACCACUGCCCAACCGAGCCAGACUGCCUCUCCUGAGACUGUGACUGUGACCCAAUCUCUCCCAUCCUCCAAACCAUACGACGAUGGAAUGUGGCACACUUACUAUUACUACACUCCGAGCGAGGAGGCCAGAACUGUUCCUACAUCCACCUCAGAAGCCAUCAACUCUUUACCAUCUUCGACAGAGACAAUAGCCACCUCACUGGAGCCUACGUACACUCCAUCUCCUACCGUGGAUUGGGCGUCUUUCUGGCGGGUACCGCCAGUGGAAAGUUCCAGUGAAACUAUCUCUACCUCCAGUGUGAAUGCUCCUACUGGCAGCACUGCAUUUUGGGAUGGUCGACCAGGCUUUGGUUCUGGAAGGGACACAACUUCUUGA